AUGUCUUCGGGGCAAAAGGGCAACUUUUUAGGGCGUGUACAUAAUCCAAGUGCGCCUGAGAAGGGCGUAAUAUUGCGUAAUCUCUCGGCUAGCUGGGAUCGUGCGGAAUUUGAAAAGCGUCGACAUCAUAUAACUGAUGUCAGUUUUCGCAUACGUCCCGGUCAAUUCGUCGGCAUUGUUGGCAAUGUGGGUGCCGGCAAGAGUACGGUAUUGCAUGCCAUACUCGGAGAGCUGGAAAUCGCCAAGGGUAGCUUGGAGGUUAAUGGCAGUAUCAGCUAUGCGCCACAGGAAGCUUGGAUUUUCGAGGCGAGCAUACGCGACAACAUCUGCUUUGUAGAGCCGUAUGAUGCACAACGCUACAAGGAUGUUAUACAGGCCUGCGAGCUACAGCGCGACUUGCAGCUGCUGCCCUAUGGCGACUCGACUAUUGUAGGCGAACGUGGCAUAAGUUUGAGUGGUGGACAGAAGGCGCGUAUAAGUUUGGCACGCGCUGUCUACAGGCAGGCGGAUAUUUAUAUCUUCGACGAUCCGCUCUCCGCUGUGGAUGCGCAAGUCGCUAAAAGACUGUUGCGCAACUGCUUUCUAGACUACUUAAGCACUAAGGUACGCAUAAUGGUCACACAUCGCGUGUACAAUCUCAAGGAAGCCGACUGGGUGGUGCUAAUGGAGUCGGGCAGCAUUGAAGUGCAAGGCACCUAUGAGGUGCUCGAACAGAAGAUAAGCAAGCGUUUGAGUUUGACGCAGGAAGAGGUCGAAAAGCGACCGAAGUUACUGCAUUCUGAGAGCGUUAUGGUGAAGGCGGCGGAGGAGGAGACGGAAAAAGUGGAACUACCAAACGAUACGGGAUUGGACCGGAAGGAACAGCAAAUGCAGGGUUCUGUGCAUUUUCACACCUAUGCGGCGUACUUUCGCGCACUUCGUAUGCCCUGGCUGAUCUUGAUGAUAUUUGCAUUGUUCAUUCUAGCGCGCGGCUGUCAAGCGGUGAUGGACAUCUUCAUUGCGAGAUGGGCCACUUGGGAGGAAUCUCAGCCGCAGUUGCAUGAAACAUCCGAGGCUUUUUCUAAAAAACGCAUGAAUAUCGUGCUAAUCUAUACGGGUCUCAUGCUGGGCACGCUCAUCCUCUACGUAGUGCGUACCUUUGGCUUCUUCUACAUUUGUUUAGCCAUCUCGUUACGGCUGCAUGAUUAUCUCUUCAAUGGUAUUAUACGCGCACGUAUGCGUUUCUUCAACACAAAUGCUUCAGGCAGAAUACUAAAUCGAUUCUCCAGUGAUAUUGCUAACAUAGAUAUUUCACUGCCGCAAGCCAUGUUGGACUCGUACUCGUUCUAUAUGAACAUAAUUGCAGUGUUGACGAUUGUAGCUUUCGCCAACUAUUGGCUCCUAAUACCAGCAUUCGUCAUGAUCGCACUUCUUUACUUGUGUCGCGGUCUGUACAUCAAUGCGAGUCGUAGCCUCAAACGUAUCGAGAGCAUGACCCGCAGCCCCGUUUACUCACACACGAAUCAAACAUUCCAGGGUCUCACCACGAUACGUGCGUUGAAAGCCAGCAGCCAUUUGGAUAAUGAGUUCCACUUCCAUCAGAAUACUAACACUUCAGCAUUAUUUCUCUAUGUGAGCGUUAAUCGCGCUUUCGCUUUUUGGACUGAUCUCAUUUGUGUGCUUUACAUAAUAGCGGUUACAUUCAGUUUUUUGGUAAUCGACAGCGAGUUUUAUAGCGGUGAUGUCGGUCUUGCCAUUACCCAGUCUAUGACGUUGAUAAUCAUGUGCCAAUGGGGUAUGCGACAGACAGCUGAAAUGGAGAAUAAUAUGACUAGUGUCGAGCGUGUGGUCGAAUACGCCGAGUUGCCGUCAGAGCCUGCGUUGGAAACCCGCACUAGCAUGUUGCUACCUCAAACAUGGCCGAGUGCCGGUGAGUUGCGAUUCAAAGACGUCUAUCUACGGUACACGGAACAGGGCGAACCCGUACUAAGAGGGCUCAAUUUUGCCAUCCAAUCUAUGGAAAAGAUUGGUAUUGUAGGUCGUACUGGCGCAGGCAAGUCGUCUAUCAUACAGGCCAUCUUUCGGUUGGCGAUAAAUGAGGGCUCCAUCUUGAUUGAUGACAUUGAUACUGGCACAUUGGGUUUGCAUGAUUUGCGCAGUCGCAUCGCGAUCAUACCGCAGGAUCCGGUAUUAUUCUCUGGCACAAUGCGCUACAAUCUCGAUCCUUUGGAAGAGAAGGUAGACGAAGAGUUGUGGCGUGCAUUGGAGGAUGUGAAACUCAAGGCGUAUGUGUCUUCUUUGGAAGGUGGGCUGAAUUGUCGCAUGCACGAUGGGGGUUCGAACUUCAGUAUGGGUCAAAGGCAGCUGGUCUGCAUGGCGCGGGCUAUACUGAGGCGCAACAAGGUGCUAAUAAUGGAUGAAGCGACAGCGAAUGUGGAUCCAGAGUAA